GUGCGCUCGCAAGAGUACGACCGCUACAACAACGAGGACAUUGCCUACUUCAAGAUUGCCGACGUCAGCGAAGCCGUCGCGCACAGCAUCAAACGUUGUCAGAACAAGCCUUUGCGUUUCUGCAAGGCCUCGGGAGAAUGCGCGAAUAAUGCUCUCGCGGUCGACAGGCGCCCAGGCUCGAUUCAUGACAUCAGGAAAGAGCCGGCGCCACUGCAGCCGGAGUUCCUCGCGCGACAUUUGUGGUCCAUCUACGUGGCGGUCGAGAACUGGCCCGAGUUGGUCCGCGCCAUGUACUACCUUGCUUCGAGCCGCCAGUUGCGCGCAAAGCUCUCCGGCUGCAAGCGCGACUGCCUGCCGAUGUACCUUGACCAGAUAGUCAUCUGCAGUAGCUGCAUGGAGUCGAGCGCGGCCGGUGCCCGGGCCAACUUGCACUCCGCUCCGUGCGAGCCCAACGGGGUGAACGAGUGGAACGACGACGACAUGCAGGCGGAGUUCGACCGCUUGCGCUUCGUGGGCACUACAAUCGAGGAGCACAUCUCUACCGUUGGCCAGUGCGUGGAGGGCUACGACAGGGAGUGCGACGAGGUUGCGCAGUGCCCGUUCGAGGGCGACGUCGAGCUUGAGGAUGCCGCCAAAGGGGGCGAGGCCUUCGGGAACUAUCAGUGCCGGGGCUAG